UUGUGGUAAACUCAUAGUGCUGGUUCACCUGAUUCACAGAGAAAAGACAGAAAAAAACACAGAGCAAGACCAGUUCAGCUUGUAUGCUUUAUACAGCAAGAACAAGCCAAAGUCAGACACACUUCUGGCCAGUCAUGGAAACAGCUUCUUCAGGCAUAAGCAGCUGGAGUUGGGGGAUAAGAUGGACCUGGCGUCCUACCUGCUGAAGCCCAUCCAGCGCAUGAGUAAGUACGCCCUGCUGCUGAAAGACCUGAUCAAAGAAGUGAGUGAAGUCCAGGAGCAGGAGCUAACGUACCUACGUGCCGCCACCGAGAUGGUCAAAUUCCAGCUUCGCCAUG